CGGGAGCACUGGUGGAAGCCGGGAAGCUUUCGACCCGGCACGAUCCGGGAGAUGUACUGGGAGCGGUCCAAGAGGCGCUACCGGGAGAGGGCGCUGAAGCUGAGCAUCAAGAACCCGAGCAAGUGGAAGUACCGGCAGGAUAAGAAGCCUCACGGGCUGACGCCCCCGAGACCUGAGGAACCCAAGGAGAUCGACGCUUACAAACAGGACCUCUUGAUCCCGCCACAGCGGCCCACCGUCAGAUUCAGCUUCCAGGCCAAAUUUCGCAAGUCGUCUCAGUGGUCGACCGUCUCCCCCUCGGGCAGCGUCAUUAACGAGCUGGCGAAGAUGGGCGACCCAGACGUCCUGGAGAUGGUGCAUCAAGACAGACAAUUCAGUAGAGAAGACCGAUAUUCCAAAGCAAAUGAGGACCUGAGAAGCAGCGAGUCCAGUUUUCUCAUCUGUCAAGAACCACGGUCUGCCAAGCGAUACAAUUUGUUCCUGAGGCGGCGUCUUCUGUUUAAAAAAGAUGAACAAAGCAAAGAUUCUAUCUUCUUCAGAGACGGGAUUAGGAAAAUUGAUUUUGUGCUUUCCUAUGUUGAUGACAUAAAGAAAGAAGCAGAAUUGAAGGCGGAGAGAAGAAGACAAUUUGAACAAAAUCUCAGAAAAACUGGUCUUGAGUUGGAAAUUGAAGAUAAAAUGAACUCCGAAGAUGGAAGGACUUACUUUGUCAAGAUCCAUGCCCCUUGGGAGGUGUUAGUUACUUAUGCCGAAGUGUUGGGAAUCAAAAUGCCUGUUAAGGAGAGUGAUAUUCCCUCAGCUGACAGAACCCCUUUUAGUUGUAUGCUUGAGCCUCUGAAGCUCCCAAGGGGCGUGAAGCAUCCUACUCCGGAUUAUUUCACUGUUCAGUUCAGCAGACAUCGGCAAGAGCUCUUCCUCAUUAAAGAUGAGUCAAGCUUCUUUCCAUCCUCAUCAAGAAACAGAAUUGUUUAUUAUAUUCUCUCACGGUGUCCUUUUGGCAUGGAGGAUGGGAAGAAAAGGUUUGGCAUUGAAAGACUGCUAAAUUCUAACACUUACUCAUCUGCCUUUCCACUCCAUGAUGGUCAAUAUUGGAAGGCAUCAGAACCUCCUAAUCCUGUCAAUCAAAGGAACAUACUGUACCAGAACUGGGCUCGGUUUUCUUAUUUUUACAAGGAGCAGCCUUUUAAUUUGAUUAGGGAUUAUUAUGGAGAAAAAAUUGGCAUCUAUUUUGUCUUUCUCGGAUUUUACACAGAAAUGCUGUUUUUUGCAGCUGUGAUUGGCUUAGCUUGUUUUAUUUAUGGUUUAUUAACGAUUCCUAAUACCUCAAGCAGCAUUCAGAUCUGUGACCCUAAGAUUGGGGGUCAGAUUAUCAUGUGCCCACUCUGUGAUGAACUGUGCGACUAUUGGAGACUAAAUUCAACCUGUUUGGCUUCUAAGAUCUCCCAUCUAUUUGACAAUGAGUCAACAGUGUUCUUUGCCAUUUUCAUGGGAAUUUGGGUCACAUUGUUUUUGGAGUUUUGGAAGCGACGACAAGCCAGACUGGAGUAUGAGUGGGACCUGGUAGACUUUGAAGAGGAGCAGCAGCAGCUCCAGCUAAGACCUGAAUUUGAAGCUAUGUGUACAAAAAGGAAACUGAAUGCAGUGACUCAGGAGAUGGAACCUUACUUGCCUCUAUAUAGCCGUCUUCCAUGGUACAUUUUAUCAGGAGUCACAGUGACAUUAUGGAUGGCUCUGGUUGUCGCGUGUAUGGUAGCUGUGAUUGUAUACCGCCUGUCAGUCUUUGCUACGUUUGCUAGCUUCAUGGAAAGUGAAGCAUCCUUAAAGCACGUCAAAAGUUUCCUCACUCCCCAGAUAACCACAUCUCUCUCUGGAUCGUGCUUGAACUUUAUUGUCAUCUUGAUCUUGAAUUUCUUUUAUGAAAAGAUAUCUGCCUGGAUUACAAAAAUGGAAAUUCCUCGGACUCACCAGGAGUAUGAGAGCAGUCUUACCUUGAAAAUGUUCCUGUUUCAGUUUGUAAAUUACUAUUCAUCCUGCUUCUACGUAGCUUUCUUUAAAGGGAAGUUUGUGGGAUAUCCCGGAAAAUACACGUAUUUGUUUGGUGUGUGGAGAAGUGAAGAGUGUGAUCCUGCAGGCUGUCUAGUAGAACUGACAACCCAGUUGACCAUCAUAAUGACUGGGAAACAGAUCUUCGGGAACAUUAAAGAGGCCAUUUAUCCCUUGGUUCUGAAUUGGUGGAGACGCCGAAAAGCCCGAACCAACUCUGAAAAGCUAUACAGUCGAUGGGAGCAGGAUCAUGACCUUGAAACUUUUGGCUCUCUUGAAUUAUUCUAUGAGUAUUUGGAAACAGUUAUCCAGUUUGGAUUUGUUACAUUAUUUGUGGCCUCUUUUCCUUUGGCCCCUCUUCUUGCGCUCUUGAAUAACAUAAUAGAGAUUCGAGUGGAUGCCUGGAAGCUUACGACUCAGUACAGGAGACCUGUAGCUGCUAAGGCUCAUAGCAUAGGUGUUUGGCAAGACAUUCUUUAUGGAAUGGCUGUCCUUUCUGUUGCAACUAACGCUGUUAUUGUUGCAUUUACAUCGGACAUGGUUCCCCGUUUAGUUUACUACUAUGCCUACUCAGUAAAUGAAACUUGGCCUAUGAAAGGGUAUAUCAAUAACAGCCUGUCAGUAUUCCUCAUAGCCGAUUUUCCAAACCACACUGUACCUUCGGAAAAACGAGACUACAACACUUGCAGAUACAGAGAUUACAGAAAUCCUCCUGACAGUGAGGACAAGUAUGCUCAUAAUAUUCAGUACUGGCACGUCCUUGCUGCCAAGAUGACCUUCAUCAUAAUCAUGGAGCAUGUUGUGUUUUUAAUUAAAUUUUUCUUGGCCUGGAUGAUCCCUGAUGUUCCAAAAGACGUUCUGGAAAGAGUCAAGCGAGAAAAGUUAAUGACCAUCAAGAUUCUCCAUGACUUUGAACUUAACAAACUAAAAGAGAACUUGAGGUUGAAUUCUGCUUCUUCUACUGAUUUUACCAAGCAUUUAGCUAUCCAGGAAAACAAAGCAAAUCUGGCUGAAUCAACAACCUAAUUAACACAAUGAGCAAGUGGUUGGUUGCCUAUCUGGCUUCACAGUUUAUCUGGAUUUGGAGCCAGAAGCCAGAAGCCAUGUGUCUUUUACCCUUUUCUUCUUCUUUUUUUUUUUAAACUCAAGAGUUUUUGUACACUUUUAUGGAGGCCUUUGUACAGCUUCAUGGAGGUUGGAAGAACACCUGUCUGCUUCACUGGCUGGACCCUCCCUAGAUAUUGUUUCUGGGAUUCUAUAAAUGAUUGUUAAAUGUAUGUGUGAAAUCAGAAUAUUGGAAAAUCAUGGGAUGUUGCAGUUUGGAAUUAAACAUUGGAUGUAGGCUCUCCUAUCACCUUCCAGUGAAGGUGCA